UAAAGCUUAUUUUUCAUCGCAUUUACCGCGAUUGAGGGGAACAGGAAACAUAAACAACUUGACAAUUAUGAGGCAAAGGAGAAGAUUCAAGACUCAGCUUGCUUGCGGCGGAGUCCUCGCUGUCCUGUUUACUGUUUUGGCUUACCGUGACCUAAUCAAAGACGUUACAAGGGAAAGUAAGGAGAUCAUAAGGGAACGUUCAGAAGUAUCCAUUACGUCGAGGCAUCUUUUAGCUCACAAGACCCACAAACUAAAAAACUGCACACCUCCAUCGAUAGAAGAGUUUCCAGAUGACUUCUUCAACCAAAGGCAAAGGCAACAUGGCGCCGUUAUUGUUAACUUUGCAGUCGCUUUCUACAUGUUCUGGGCAAUAGCCAUUGUGUGCGAUGAUUAUUUUGUGCCAUGUCUGGAGAUCAUCUGCGAUAAAAUGGAUCUUCAAAGUGAUGUAGCUGGGGCUACGUUUAUGGCUUUGGGAAGUUCAGCACCUGAACUUUUUGCAUCUGUGAUUGGUGUAUUUGUCACAAAAGGAGACAUUGGGGUUGGAACAAUAUUGGGAUCAGCAGUUUUUAACGUACUUUUUGUGAUUGGUGUCUGCGGCAUUGGGGCUGGCACGGUUUUGUAUCUUGCCUGGUGGCCUCUAGUGAGAGAUAGCAUGUUCUAUCUGUUCAGUCUCGUUAUACUCAUGUUGGUUCUUAUGGAUAAUAUAGUCAUCUGGUCAGAAGCCACUGCUAUGGUUUGCUUUUAUUCUGUCUACCUUCUGAUUAUGUUUUUCAAUCCUCGCAUCGAGGCGUGGCUGUACAAAGUGACAAACACAACCAGUCCUGAGUACAAGUCCGAACUUCACGCUAAUAACGGCAAGAAAAACGGGUAUUCAAAAGUUCCCGAAGAUGACCCGGAAAAUCCUGAAUCCGAGAAGAACGAGGAGAAAGGUGAUAUUGAAGAAGGAAAAGAAGACAACGAACAAAACAAAAAGGAGGAAGAAAAGGAACAUAAACGUGGGUUCUCCGAAAGCGGCGAGCAUUUGGCUCAUCAUCAUGAAUAUGAUCAACAAAGACCUCACGAGGUCCCAGAUCUCACUUUAGGAACGCCAUUAAGUCCACCAGAGGGAGCCUGGGCUCGCAUCUGUUGGGCACUCGGGCUGCCAAUCAAUAUUUUAUUCUACUUCACGAUCCCGGAUGUAAAAAAGGAAUCUUGUCGUAAGUUCGUGGGAUUCUCUUUUGUGAUAUGCAUUGUGUGGAUCGGUUUGACAUCAUACAUUCUAGUUUGGAUGGUUACCAUAAUUGGAUACACCUUCAUGAUUCCUGAUACCGUCAUGGGUCUCUCUCUUGUUGCGUUCGGUAGCAGUGUCCCAGACUGCCUAUCAAGCCUCUUUGUUGCCCAAAAAGGUGAUGGAGAUAUGGCCGUGUCGCACACAGUUGGUAGCAAUGUAUUCGACAUACUGUUGUGUCUGGGAAUUCCCUGGCUUGUCAAAACCACUGUCUGGGACUAUGACUCUACCGUUGUCAUCAACAGUCAUGGACUCUUUAUCUCUUGUUUCUUCAUUUUGGGUUCAAUAGCUGUCACGUUGUUUAUUAUUUACUACUAUAAAUGGGUUUUGGACAAAAAAGUAGGCUGCAUCUACCUUUUAUUUUACUUUAUAUUCAUGGGCAUCUCUAUCUAUGUAGAAAUGAAGGCGUUUGGGAAAUAUAACCCGCCUAUGUGUAUGGUAGACGUUUGACUUUCAAUCUUUCAGUCUUGAAGACUGAGCAUUGUCACAAUUCAAUUGACGUAGUAUUCGUAGUAAACUUGUCUGUAUAGACUUGAGGAAUACUCGACAAGUUUUGGUCGAGAAUUUUAAACAUGAGAUGUAAUUUUCCUUAGAGGGCAUUUAAUUGUCCCUGCCUUCAAGUACACCUAACAGUAAGAAAUAAGACUGACGCUUGGAUAAUAGUUUAUAUCAACUAUGGUUUAUGUCAAAAUUACUUGAAUCAAUCUUGUUUCUGAGCUAUUUUCUUCUUUAAGUAAAGUAGAACGCCCUAGCGACUAGUAUUAUUUCGGUUUUAAUGUUAUGAUCCACCCUUAUUUCGAUCAAACAAACUGAAGAACUCAUUCACAUUUUCUUCGAAAUUAACCAAGCUGAUGAUAUCAUUAGAAGAAUUUUCAUUUCCAAGGAUGAAUAACAUUUUUAAGGCAAUGUUCAUUCAUCUAGGACAGAUUUUGCACGUAAAAAUGACAAAUUUUCUUGUUUCAAAUUCACAGGCUGGAAUAGGCCAUUAAAGACGGGAACAAAGAUUCUGCUGAAUCAAACGUGUUCCAAGACACGCAAUUUUUUUAAAAUUAGGUUACGAACAACAAUGACUCUAUCAGAAAGGUAAUUUCUGAGAUUGAGAAAUUGGUAAAGUGAUUGUAUGCAACCAAAGGACAAUUUCUGGCUCGGGAACAAUGUAAGUGCUUCAAAGGGGUAAAAAAGUGAAAAAAAAAAAAACUUUUCACUGGGUUAACUAAAGGUGAUUUAUUAUAACUCAAAUCAAUGCAAUAACAAUUUUUCUUUUUUU